AUGAAGCUGCUUGCCCACAUCUUCUGCCUGGCCUUGGCUCUGGCCCUGGCUCAAGUUGACAAUGACUUUGACCAUUGUCACGACGUUGAGUUUGACGCUGUUGCAGUGAAUGAGCACGGAGUUCCAUACUUCUUCAAGGGUGACCAUGUGUUCAAAGGCUUCAAUAAUGAUGCACUGUUAAGCAAUGAGUCCUUUCCUGAGUUAGAUGACCAUCAUCAUGUGGAUCACGUUGAUGCUGCUUUCCACAUGCACUUUGAUGAUGACCCCAGCCACGAGCACAUGUUCUUUUUCUUGGAUGACAACGUAUUCAGCUACAAUGCCUACAAGCUGGAGGACGGCUACCCUAAGAAAAUUCACGAGGUUUUCCCUGGGAUCCCUGAUCACCUGGAUGCUGCCGUGGAGUGCCACAAAGGAGAAUGUGACGAAGACUCUGUCCUCUUCUUCAAGGACCAUGAUGUCUACCACUACAACAUCCAAACCAAGGCUCAUACAGCCUCAACGCUCACAACCAUGCCCAACUGCACAGCUGCCCUCCGCUUCAUGGAUCACUAUUACUGCUUCCACGGACACAUGUUCUCCAAGUUUAACCCAAAGACCCUGGAGGUGCCAGCUGAGAAAUACCCUAAAGAGGCCCGUGACUUCUUCAUGAAAUGCCGCAAUUACAGUGACCACACUGAACACUCUGAGAGAGAACGCUGUAGCCGUGUCGACCUGGAUGCCAUCACAGCUGACGGUGCUGGACACAUGUAUGCCUUCAGAGGCCACUAUUACCUCCAUAAAGCUCACGGCAGUGAUGCAUACACGGCCGACACCAUCGAGAAUGACUUCAGAGAGCUGCACAGUGACGUGGACGCUGUCUUCUCCUACAACAACCACACGUACAUGAUAAAGGGUAACGACCUGUACAUUUACCAAGUUGGAGAGCACAACACCCUGUUAGAUGGAUACCCUAAGCCUCUGAAGGAUGAGCUGGGUCUUGAGGGUCCGAUCCAGGCUGCAUUUGUGUGCGACAAUGAGCACACUGCACACCUCAUCAAAGGUAAUCACAUCUUCGACGUUGACAUGCAGACUACCCCUCAUGUUGCCACCAACGACCGUCCACUUACUCACUUCAAGAAGAUCAAUGGUGCCAUGUGCGGUGCCGAUGGAGUCACACUGAUCGAUGGCAACCACUUCUACAAAUAUGAAAGCAUCAUGCUGAUGGUUGCAAGCAAGAUGUUGCCUGAGGCACACAAGGUGUCCGUGGAGCUGUUCCACUGUGACCACUAAGACCCGUGCUUUGAUAGGACUGAGUGGAUGUUACAAAGCAUCACGUACAACAUCAUGUCACAUGGAGAAAACAACAGCACCAACAACACCUUUCAGGAGGCCCUGAGUGACAAUCUUUUGGUGUGAAGUGUUGUGGGACAACUAAGCAGUGCUACAUAUUUGUUUCCCUUCAUUGUGUUACCUCAAAUUAACCACCAUGGUCUUAUAACUCAGCAGAAGGGUGCAUGGUUCCAGUAAUUCACCUCAGUGGUCUUC